CGAAAUCACCUUUCAUUCUGUGAUCGAUCGUACCCGGGGUUGGUUGUGUCCAAAGCGUUGCAGUCUCUCACUCGCCGUUUGGGAGCGUGGCUGUGGAUUUUUUCUUCUUGAAUCGAACGUGUGUUAACUUUAAGGGGUUGGUGUUUUUUUUCGCUGUUCCUGUGCAAGAAGGAUUAUCUGUGGGUUUCCAAGGAAACGUUUUGCUGUGAAGGGCAGGCAGGGUGUGACUUGCGAUCGGUGAGACCUUUGAGCGGAAAGUGAAACAGUUAGAGGUGCAAUUAAUUUUGUGAGCAGCAUGAAUUAUCGGUUGAUUGGUUGGAUUUGCCUGCUGGCGUUGCCAUUGAUGGCAGCUGAGCCUCAAGACGAGGGUUUGCGAUCGCUGUUGAUGCGGAGAGGGCGCCAGGGAAAUAAAGUUUACAAGCAUGAAGACCAAAGUCGACCGGGAGUUCCUGUAGCGGACACCACUACCUCGAAACCGGAAGGAACAGAUUCAGGUGACGAUACCGUUCCACCCACGGCAUCCACGUCUGUCCCGAAGAAAGGUCUCCAUCCUCUUUUAGCUCGCAAAAAGUUCCAACUCUCGCCAAAGGAAGCCAAAGCUAAGGCAGUUACAGAAGAAUCUGCUUCCGCUACUCCUUCUUCGAAUUCCGAUACCACCGAAUCUUCAACAGUCACAACGGGAACAACUCGACGAGGCCGUCCUAAUCGACCAAGUGUAGGUCCUCGCUCCACGACUCCUCGAGUAUCUACUCCACGUACACCACGAACCACUACUAAAAGAACGACACCAGCUCCGGAAACUUCCCCAGCCCCAAGCACACCUAAAGCUAUUCGACCUCGUCGAGGUCGUCCAACUCGUCCUAGCAAAUUGGGUGGUUCAACGACAGCCCAGCCAGAACCUUCAACGACUUCCACCACGUCAACCUCGACAACCACUUCAACGACCACAACAACUACAACCACUACGACAACUACUCCUGCUCCAAGUUCUAGCAGUAGCAGCAGCAGCAGUUCCUCAACUUCGACUACGACAACGACGGCUGCCUCUAGCAGUACAGCAGAAGCAAUUCCGUCUGUUCCAACUUUGAUCUCAUCCACAGCUGCUCCUUCGUCAUCGGAAGCAUCGUCCUCCACAUCCCCAUCAUCCCCCGUCCCUAGCACUUCCUAUGCAUCGCCACCAGCCCGAAUUACUCCAGCCCUUCCGGCUCCAGUCGUGGAACACCAGCCAGAGGACGAUGCUUCCCAGGAAGAUGAUGACAUCGUCAUCACCAAGGAGUAGGUGGUACCUAGCACCCAACUUGAUUCCUAAUCAAAUGUGAGCAAGAGAAUAAAAAAACACCUGCGCGAAAGAAAAAAAGGUGUUAAACUAAAACAGUGAUAAAUGUGCCGUUUGCUAAUGAAGCUGCUGAAAUGUGUGAUGUUGUUGUGAGAUUGCGCGUUCAAGACUAUUUAGAGGCGCGAACGCUCGUCGGUUGCCGAACAGCUAACUAAAUGACUAUAGGUAAAGUGUGAUGAUAUUUAAUCUUGUAUUGAAAUAAAAACCGUUCGAAAAACUGA